AUGUGCCUUGGUGUGGACCGUGUAAUUGUGUGCUCAUGCCUUGAUGCCCUGCUUUCAUACCCCUUCCCCUCCCCCACGCAUCCUUCCUUCCCGCCCUCUCUUCCCGCUCUCAGAAGCAGCUCCUGCCCACUGGCGUUAACAGCGUGUGUUGGUGGGCACGUGGCACGAGCUUGCAUGGUUGACUGGGAGGAGGUACCUUUCGUCCAUUUCAUACACCAGGCAACAACCCACUUUCCCUCAUCUUUUCCUCCCUUUCCCUCCCCUUCCCUCUCCUUGCCUUCCCCUUUCCCUGUCGUCUCCCUAACCUUUCCCUCUUCUUCCCCUUCCCUUUCCCUCCCAAUUCCGUCCUCUUUCCCUCCCCUUUCCCUCACCUUUCUCUUCCCCUCUCCAUCCCCUCCCCUUUCGUCCCUUUCCCUCACCUUCCCUUCCCCUUCCAAGCCCUUUCCCCUCACCUUCCCCUCCCCUUUUCCUCCCAUCACAUUCACCUGA